GUGCAGUGGUCAGCAGCCAGCGCUGCCGAGGGGAGCGCAGCGCGCGCCGGUUUGGGUGACGAGCGGAGCCACACUGCGCAGAGAGCGCCCCCAGCCCGGCAGGCCGCAGCAGCCGCCUCUGUCCGCCGACGGCCAGUCUAACCUUGAUCUUGAACUUGGGAGCAUGUCGGCAGCGAGAGCGGUGGGGCCGUGCCUGGCACUGGCUCUGUGCCUGAGCGCCCCAGUCGCGGCCCAGUACGACAGCGUCGUCCUGGAGGUGGCGCCGGCCGUCGAGCCGGGCCGGCCAGCGCUGCCGCUAGCCAGCGAGCGGCUGGGCCCAGCGCCGGCCGACGGCUCGCCGGUGCUGCGUUCCUCGCAGGGGCCCGAGGGCUUCGCCUACGAGAUCAGCCACCCCGUGGAAGACGCCGACGGCGAGCCGGCCACGGCGACGCAGUACCAUGCUCAAGACGGACUGGGCAGGUACCGCUACAGCUACAAGCACCCGGGCUCCGCCCGUGAGGAAUACGUGGAUGAAAACGGCCGCAUACAGGGCAGCUACUCCUACAGGGACCCCAACGACGAGAAGCUGUCGAUGACGUACUACGCGGACGACACGGGCUUCCACGUCAAGAGAGCCGUGCUGCCAGAUUUGGCAGCGCGGGCGCCGCGCGACGAGCCCGCCGUGGCGGCGAUCAAAGCGGCGCACAUCCGGCUGUGGCGCAGCAUGUGGGAGCGGGCGGCGGCCGCUUCCAUCGGAGCUCCCAUCGACCCCAACGAGCCACCGCGAGAGGAGUACGUGCCCUUGCCCGAGGAGAUCGCUCCCCUGGACGCCGAAGUCAUCUCGCUGGAAGACGAGGUGCCGCCGGCCGCUGUCCCCGACCAGCCGCCGAAGUACGACUCCGCGCAGUACGAGCCCGCGCAGUACGAGCCGUCGGCGAACGAGCCGGACGAGCCAAUCGUGCCCAUCUACCCGGGCGCGCCGGACGCGCCGGCGCAGCCCGUCUCCAGUGCGCCCAAGCCGCUGCCGGUGCAGAGCGCGGCGCCGCUGCUGGAGGACCCGCUGCUCUACUACUACUCGAGCUUGCUGUACGAGGCCCGGGAGGCUGCCAAACCGCCUAAGAUCAUAGUCGUGUGA